AUGUCAGUAAGUCAAGAGACCCUGCCAAACGUGAUUUUACUUCCUCAGACCAAACAAUUGAUUGGUUUAUACUCGAUCAUCCGUGAUCAAAGAACCAAGCGUGGGGAUUUUGUCUUUUACUCAGAUAGAAUCAUCAGAUUAUUGGUGGAAGAAGGAUUAAACCAAUUACCAGUGGAAGAAGCCACGAUUAAAUGUCAUGGAGGGUACGAGUACCAAGGGUCCAAGUUCUUGGGUAAGAUCUGCGGGGUGUCGAUUGUUCGUGCUGGUGAAUCAAUGGAGAUGGGAUUAAGAGAUUGUUGUAGAUCAGUUAGAAUUGGUAAGAUUUUAAUUCAACGUGACGAAGAAACUGCAUUACCCAAAUUAUUUUAUGAAAAAUUGCCAGAGGAUAUUAGUGAUCGUUAUGUUUUCUUAUUAGAUCCAAUGUUAGCCACUGGUGGUAGUGCCAUGAUGGCAGUUGAAGUAUUAUUGAGUAGAGGAGUUAAGAUGAAUCGUAUUUUAUUUCUAAAUUUGUUAGCUGCUCCUGAAGGUAUCAAGGCAUUCCAAGAUAAAUACCCUGAAGUUAAGAUCAUCACCGGUGGUAUUGAUGAAAAAUUGGACGAAAAUAAGUAUAUCGUACCAGGGUUAGGUGAUUUUGGUGAUAGAUAUUAUUGUAUUUAAGAUUACGUUAUUUUAUAUU